UGCGUUUCCUUCGGAGUGGCGGGUCCUCUGGCGCUGUGAUUUCACUUUCUCGGAAAAUGAAACUGAAACAGGGCCGCGGUCACGUGAUGGGCGGCAGGGUAUAUAGCUGGCUGCUGGGGACUUGCUUCCAGAUCUGCAGGCGCCCGCGGCCUGGAGAGCCCCCUUCCCGGACGGAUGGAGUGUCCUUCAUGCGGGCACUCACUCAAGGAGACGGCCCCCAAGUUCUGCAGCGAGUGUGGACACCGCCUGCCUCCUGCAGUCCCUGCUCCAGAAUCCAAGGAUGGCGACUCCAAGGUGGUGGUGGCCCCGGAGGAGGAGGAGAAGAUGGAGUGCGAGCAGGAACUGAAGGAUGAGGGCAGCCCUUUUUCGUCCCUGAGUUUGAGUGAUCUGCAGGAAGACCCGGAGGAGUCCUGCUCCGACGACUCCUGGACCGUGCAAAUGGGAAGUGCUUCCGAGGCUUUUGCAGACGCUGUAGACUCCACCUCUGAUGAGGGGGAAGAUGCCGAUCACUGUCCCGGCAAAAGGAAGAAGGAGGACCCCACUCUGGCCGCGGUCGUGGACACCUCUUCUGCUGACUUGGAGCAGAGCAAGAAGAAGAGAAAGAAGAGUAAAAAGAGUCAGAAGUCCCCCGCUUCCGCGGACCCGGACUCCGUGCCUCCCUCCUCAUGUGACCCACGCAGUCUGCAUUCUCUUUCCAACCCUGGGGAGGCGGCCGAGACUGGCCCCAGCCCUCCGCAGAGCCGGGCAGGUGGGGGGCCGUCUGUGGGGAGCCCUGGAGCCCGGGACCCGCCUCCGGGAGGUGCCGUCACAGAAGAGAAGGGUCAGGACCCCCCUGAACCCUCUGCCUCCGGAGGUGAUCCUGCAGAUAAAGAUGCUGCCCAGGAGCUCCGGGUGCCCGCGUCCAAAGGGAACACCGCUGAGCCCAGGAAAGGGGUGCAGACUGCCAGGCAGCAGGCCGGGGCCCGGGCCUCGGAGGCAGUCGAUGUCACAGCCAAGCCAGUGGAUCCAGCCCCAGGGCCCAGGAAAGAAGUUAACCAGAUGCAGAAAACAAAACAGUCGCCAACAGGUGUUUCUGCUUCCAGACCCCCCUGCCAGGAAGGAGAGACCAAGGACAAAACGGCCAUUACUGUAGAGAAAGCAAGUGAAAAGGAGAAAGCCGAGCCAGAGGACCCGAAGAAGGCAGAGGCGGACAACAAGAGUUACGCUUCAGCUGUGAAAACCACCAAGGCGCAGAGGAGCAGGGCGGCCGGGGUGCAGGAGGUGACGAGGAGCACACUGAGUCCUGGUGAAGGAGUCAUGGUUUACUUCCAUGCCAUCAUCUCUCCUCAUUUCUCAUUCAACGCAAACCAACAUAAAAUAUUUAUCAGGGGAGGAGAACAAUUUGGAAGGCCAGAAUGGAGCCAUAAUGUUUGUGAGAUUUACUGCACCAAAGAUUUACAUGAUGUCGGGUUGCUCGUCGAAGGUAACGUCAUCAUUUCCAAGAAGAACCUGGACAAACCCAUUCCUUACAAAUACGUCAUCAUCCGUGACAACGGCCACGUAGAGUAUGAAUUCAUCUACCAGCAUCAACAGAAGAAAGACGAGCAUAUGAACCGCUGUUUGCACAUAAAAUCUUCCCUCCUGGGCUCAGGAGACUGGCAUCAGUAUGAUGAUAUCAUUUGCAUGAGGCCCCCUGGCAAGGUUGAGAGAUUCAUGGAUUAUUUCACUUCGGGCCUAAGGAAAGACCUGUUGAAAGGGAAACAGACGGCUGCAACCGUGAUGCUGGACAGCAUCUUCAGCAUCCUCCAGACUUGGAAUGCCAUCAAUUUAAAGAGCUUUUUCACGCAGUUUAAGCAGUUUUACUCCGUCACCCGGGUGCCUAUGAUUUAUGAGGGAGGCCCACGGCCGUGGAGCGUGUUGCAGUAUGAAGAGAGCAUGGUGAAGAAGGACCUGUGGAAGUAUCUGGAAAAGCAGAUGGCACCGUUCCUGCAGAGCGGCGGUCAGGGUUCUCCGCCAGAAGACUGGCCGGUGAGGAGGAAGUUGAGAAUGGGCCUCGUUGUCCUUUUCUCCGUGGAGGAAUGUGAUAUUCCCUUAUCCAAGAGUGCCCUGUCUUCACUGUGCCACCUCCUCUGCUCGGACGCCACCUCGGCGGCCGCCCUUCAGGCAGACGUGGCCGACGUCAAGCAGACGGCGCUGAGCUGGCGGAUGCAUCUGGUGAACCUGUGCCGGACGUGUAUCCACAAAGGGGUUGACGGCUGGGUCUACACCCUCCCCGUGCUGCACUAUUUCAUGGACCUGUCCCCGCUGGGAAGGGACUUCCGGAUUCAGCCCCAGGACACCUGGGCAGCCCUCGAAGGAAUCUCCUUCUCCCAGUUUUGGGAAAAAUCAUCGGAUCAGAAACUGUUGCCUCAGCUUCUGAAAAAGAAGGAUUUGCUGAAAGUCGAUGCCCAUCUCUUCAAGUCCUGGUUCAGCCUGCUGCCCCUGAGCAGCUUGUGUCGCUACAUGGACUCCUUCAGCGACCGCUUGAUCGAUUUUCCCGCCCACGUCCUGGACUGUUUUCUGGGGAUUUACUACCGGGUUGAAGGACUUCAGAGAAUCUCUGCCUUGGAUUCUGAGGAUUUUGAGAAGAUAUUUAAAAUGCUGUUGUCCCUCCUGGAAACUAAUCAGAACAACAUUGUCCAGGAGUCCGUGUUACGGCCCUACUUGAUUAUCUGCCUAAAACUUCACAAAAUUGUCUGCACCAUCACAAGUCAAGAGAGGUUUUAUGAAAUUCCUGCCCUGUCUGCGGAGAUCGUGUGCCGACUUAUUGCACUUGAGCCUCUGGAGAGUUCAGCAGAAACGCAGGGAAAUGAAACUGAAAAGAAGACGGCCAUAAAAACAGUGUUCCAGGGAGCAGUCACUGCUACUAGAAGUUGGCUUCAAAAAAUUUUUACAAGGAGCAUGUUCUAUAAGGGGUAUUCAUCUGUCUCUUUCACUUACUCCAAGGAAAUGGAGAUCUGGAGGCGAAUGGUAGAGAUAAACUUUCCUGCAGGCUAUGGCUGGAAGGAGUCAUUGCUGAGAGACAUGGAAGGGAGGCUCAGACAGGAAAAGCCUCUCUUACAGAUCUCUGCCUACUGCUCUAAUGAUUGGGAUAGUGUAAGCUUCAAGGACAGCGUGGCCAGGACCUUUGAGAAGUGUGUUUUAGAAGCCGUGAGCUCAGCCUGCCAGUCCCAGACCAGUGUCCUUGAUGGGCUCUCCUGUUACGAUCUGCGGAAAUUCGGCACGCUGGUGUCCGCCGUGAUCACCAAGUCCUGGCCAGUCAACAGUGGGGCAUUUGUGCGUGAUUUGGACGAGGUGUUGAAACACCUGCUCACAUGGCCAGAUGUCAAACAUCUGUUCAAAUUCUGUGGAUCUGAUGAGAAAAUAUUAGCAAAUAUUACGGAAGAGGGCAAGAAGUUGAUGGUCACUGCUGACUCUGUGAUCAGGGAAGUUGCUGAUUACCUCCUAGAUGGAACGAUUUUAGUCAGACACCUGGAUCUGAUCAUAAAGCACAAGGACCAGUUUCUCAACAUCUGGCAAUUAAACAGAAAAAAUCUUCUGCACCAGGAGCAAGAACAUGAUAUGAAGGAAGUGCUGACUUGGAGAGACUGUGAACUACAAGCUCUAAAGAAGGAGAAGAGACAGAUUGAUAGUCUCCUGAAGUUGUGUGAGAAGGUGAAACACCUGGUAAAAGUGGACUUUGGAGAGAUUGAACAGAAACAUUUAGAAGAUCUUGGUGGUAAAAGAUUAAAUGAAGCCACAACCGUGAGGCUGCCCACCUCCUCACACUCGGCAUUCACAACACUCCUGAGCCCCCAACUCCAGAAGAUGGCUGCAGAGGUGGACCUGCUCAAGGACAGCCACGUCUUCCAGGUCUUCUGGGAAGAAGCGGCCAAGUUGCUGAGCGAUCCUGACGAGGAAUCAGAAAGACAGCCAAUUCACCUUGAAGACCUGUAUAAUUAUUCGUACCUUCCUUGUUACGAGAAGUUUGCUGAACUUUAUCAGGAUCUGAAGUCGGGAGAGAUCACUUUUGCAGAAAUCGAUGUCAUCUUCAAAGACUUUGUAAAUAAAUACAGCGACCUUGCCAACGACUUCCGAAUUAUGUGCCUCGUGGAUCGUAAUUCCCAAAAUGACUGGAUCUGGGAGCGAGUGAGGCAGAUCAAGGAGUACCAUUGCCUGCAUCAGGCCAUUGACUCGGCCAAGGUCAUCUUGAAGGUCAAGGAGAAUUUGGGCCUGACUGGCGACUUCAGUAUCCUUCACACGAUAUUGAACUUCACGGAAGCCCUCACCUCCUUUCGCCAUGAAAAACUGAAGCAGAUCAGCCAGCAGCUCAUCCAGGCCAGGAGGCUGCUCCAGGACAUCAGCGAGACCCGGCACCAGUGCCUGAUGGAGCUGUCCCUGAGGAGGGAGUUCCUCAGCUGGGUGCGGGAGGCUCUUGCAGACAUCAAUGAGCUGAAGGUGUUUGUGGACCUGGCCUCCAUCUCGGCGGGGGAGAACGACAUAGACGUGGACCGGGUCGCUUGCUUCCAUGACGCCGUGCAGGGCUACGCGCCGCUGCUGUACAAGCUGGACGCCAGGGCAGGUUUCGACGAGUUCAUGGUACACCUGAAGGAACUGUGGAACGCUCUGGAAAACGACCAGAACCUGCCCAAGAAACUGAGUGAUUCUGCCAGGAACUUGGAGUGGCUAAAGACGGUGAAGGAGAGUCAUGGGUCCGUGGAGCUCUCGUCCCUGUCACUGGCCACGGCCAUCAACAACAAAGGCAUCUAUGUCAUCAAGGCCCCCGAAGACGGCCAGAAGAUCUGCCGAGACACGGUUGUUCGUUUGCUGCUCCCUGAGUGUCGCGGCGACCGCGAGGAAGCACGCGAGUAUUCUUUAGAAGAGUUGAAAGAGCUUUUGAACAAGUUGAUGCUGAUGUCUGGCAAGAAAGAGCAGAGCCAUGUUGAAGUGGAGAAAUUUUCUGUGGUGUUUUCCAGCGUGCAGAGGCUCGUCCAGUGCUUCUUCAACCUUUACUCGGCCGGGAACAUGCUGUUCCGGACCUGGUCGGCGGGGGUGUACUGCUCCCCCAGGAGGGGCGUGUCCGUCCGCAUGGACUUCGCUUUGGGGCUGGUGGGCCAGUUGCAGGGCAGUGGGCCAGUGGCCCCGCUGCUGGAGGCCCUCUGCCGGCAGAUGGAGCACUUCCUGGAGCACUGGGAGCGAUUCGUGACGCAGAAGCGGAUGGAGCACUUCCACCUCAACUUCUACACCGCCGAGCAGCUGGUCUACCUGAGCACGGAGCUCAAGAAGCCGGACCCCAGCGAGGCAGCCCUGGCGAUGCUCUCCUUCAUCAAGGGCACCUGCACCCCAUGCGAGGUCCUGGCGGCCCGCAGGGAGCCCGGAAGUGAGGCCGCCCAGCACCGGCAGACGAUGAUGGCGGAAGAGCUGCCGCUGAUGCUCUUCGCCGAGUCCAGCCUGGUGGACAAGCUGAGAGUGGUCAUGGAGCAGUCGAUGGCGUGCCUGGGUGCCUUCCUGCCCGCCUGCUUAGACCUGGAUGCCCUCGGCCGCUGCCUGGCGCGCCUGUCCGCCAUGGGCGGGCCUCCCGUGGAGCGGCGGCUCCCCAGAGGCCUGCAGGCCGGCCAGCCCAACCUCGUGGUCUGCAGCUGCGCCGAGGUGCUGCCCGCCGCCCUGGCCGUCUACAUGCAGGCCCCGGGCCAGCCCCUGCCCACCUACGACGAGGUGCUGCUCUGCACCCCCGCCACCACCUUCGAAGAGGUGGCUCUGCUCCUGCGCCGCUGCCUCACGCCGGGCUCCCGGGGGCGCAAGGUCUACAGCCUGCUGUUCGCCGACCAGCUGAGCUACGACGUGGGCUGCCGGGCUGAGGCCCUCUUCCAGAGCCUGUGCCUGCAGCCGCACCUGGAGGACUACCAGCUGGUGGUGCUGUGCGACAGCGAGCGGGAGCACUGCUACCUGCCCUCGGCCUUCAGCCAGUUCAAGGUGCUUGUUACCCCCCAGGCAUCGCUCAAGGCCACCCAGAACUACCUGGAGAGCCAUUUCCAGGUCCCAGAGCAGAUCCCGUCAGCCGCGGCUGUGUUCAGGGACCGGAUGUGUGUCGGGAUCGUGACGUCGGAGAGAGCCGGUGUUGGAAAAUCUCUCUACGUGAAGAGACUGCAUCAAGAAUUGAAAAUGAAGUGUGGUGGGAAAGAAGUGCCUCUGAAGAUUAUUCGACUGAUCGACCCUCAGGUGGAUGAAAACAAAGUCCUGGGCUCCCUCCUGCCUUUCCUGGACGCCAAGUACCGGGGGACGCCCGUGAUCUUCCACUUCGAUGUGACCUCUUCCGUACAGACCGGAAUUUUGGGAUUUCUCUUCAAACUCCUAAUUUUACAAUACUUAAUGGAUAUAAAUGGGAAAAUGUGGCUUCGGAAUCGGUGUCAUUUAUAUAUUGUUGAAAUCCUGGAAGAGAAUGCAGUACUGCCAAAGAAGUCUUCAAAGCUGGGUGCACGUGCCCCGCAGUUCAGUUUUCUUGAUGUCUUCCCAAAAGUCAUGUGCAGGCCUCCCAAAGAAGUGAUAAACAUGGAUCUGCAUCCUGCAUCAAACCAGGAAGAGCCAGGAAUGGAUCACAGCGAGUUCUGCAGCGAAACUUUCCAAAGACCCUACCAGUAUUUAAAACGAUUCCACCAGAACCAAAACCUGGACAAGUUUCAAUACCAGCAGGGCUCUGUCGAAGACACCCCAGCAGAGUGUCUCCAACAUCUCUUGUUCUACUGCGGGGUGAUAAACCCGUCCUGGUCAGAGCUUCAGAACUUUGCUCGGUUCCUGAAUUAUCAGCUCAAAGAUUGUGAGGACUCUCUCUUCUGUAAUCCUGAUUUCGUUGGAGACACGCUGCAGGGCUUCAAGAACUUUGUGGUUACCUUCAUGAUCUUUAUGGCAAGAGACUUCGCCACACCCACACUUGACAUUUCCGACCAAAGCCCAGGGCAGCACCAAGUCUCCAUGAAAGGAGUGAGUGAAGAAGAUCUAGCUCCUUUCUCUCUCCGGAAGAGAUGGGAGUCAGAGCCUCACCCGUACGUUUUCUUCAACAGUGACCACGUGUCCAUGACGUUCAUUGGCUUCCAUUUCCAGCCCAAUCAGAACGGCGGUGUUGACGCCAUCAACCACUUGACCGGGAGGGUCAUCAAGAAGGACGUCAUGACGAUGGACUUGUACCAGGGGCUCCUGCUUCAGAGGGUGCCCUUCAACGUUGACUUUGACAAGCUGCCCAGACACGAGAAGCUUGAGAAACUCUGCCUCGUUUUGGGAAUUCAAUGGGCCAUUGACCCCGAUGAAACAUAUGAGCUGACGACAGACAAUAUGCUUAAGCUCCUGGCCAUCGAGAUGCGGUUCCGGUGUGGGAUUCCCGUUAUCAUCAUGGGAGAAACCGGCUGUGGGAAAACCAGGCUCAUUAGAUUCCUUAGCGACCUGCAGCGUGGCGGUGUCGAUGCCGAAACCAUGAAGCUGGUCAAGGUCCACGGAGGGACCACUGCAGACAUGAUCUACUCCAAAGUCAGGGAGGCCGAAUGGGUCGCCAUCUCCAAUAAGAGCGAGCAUCAGUUUGACACCACCCUGUUCUUUGACGAAGCCAACACCACAGACGCCGUGAGCUGUAUCAAAGAGGUUCUGUGUGAUGGCACAGUGGAUGGGGAGCCCCUAGCUGAGAUCUCUGGUUUGCACAUCAUAGCAGCCUGCAACCCUUACCGCAAGCACUCUGAGGAGAUGAUCUGCCGUUUGGAGUCGGCUGGUUUAGGGUACAGAGUAAGCGCGGAGGAGACGGCGGACAAGCUCGGCUCCAUCCCCCUGAGGCAGCUGGUCUACCGAGUCCAUGCCCUGCCUCCGAGCCUGAUUCCUCUGGUGUGGGACUUCGGACAACUGAACGACGUUGCCGAAAAGCUCUAUAUUCAGCAGAUUGUCCAGAGACUGGUUGACUCCAUCAAGAUCGAUCAGAAUGAGACUUGUCUGAUCACAGAAGUGCUGUCUGCCUCUCAGGGUUUCAUGAGAAAAAGGGAAAAUGAGUGCAGUUUCGUCAGCCUUAGGGACGUGGAGCGCUGUGUGAAGGUUUUCAAAUGGUUUUACGACCACAGUGGGAUGCUCUUGUCGGAGCUGGAAUUCUUUCUCUCCAAGUCAAAUGUCAGCAAAAACAGCUUUGAGAGACGCCCUGUCCUCUGGUCCCUGGUGCUGGCUCUCGGGGUCUGUUAUCACGCCUCUCUAGAAAAGAAAGAGCCCUACUGGGAAGCUGUCUGCAGGUUUUUUCCAGAACCAUAUAACAACAGCAAGUUUGUUCUGGAUGAGAUAGCUCACGCACAGGAUCUUUUUCUGAAUGGUGUGCCUCUGAGGAAAACCAUCGCCAAGAACUUGGCCCUGAAGGAGAACGUCUUCAUGAUGGUUAUCUGCAUUGAGCUUAAGAUUCCGCUCUUCCUGGUGGGAAAGCCCGGUAGCUCCAAAUCUCUCGCCAAGACCAUCGUGGCAGAUGCCAUGCAAGGCCAGUCCGCUUACUCGGAUCUCUUCAGGAAACUGAAGCAGGUCCACCUGGUCUCGUUCCAGUGCAGCCCGCACUCCACGCCCCAGGGGAUCAUCGGCACGUUCAGGCAGUGCGCCCGCUUUCAGCAGGGCAAGGACCUGCAGCAGUACGUCUCCGUGGUGGUGUUAGAUGAGGUGGGGCUGGCAGAAGACUCUCCCAAAAUGCCCCUGAAGACCCUGCACCCCCUGCUGGAAGACGGCUGCAUAGACGACGAUCCUGCCCCCCAUAAAAAAGUCGGCUUCAUCGGCAUUUCCAACUGGGCCCUGGACCCGGCCAAGAUGAACAGGGGUAUCUUUGUGUCACGUGGCAGUCCCAAUGAGAAAGAGCUCAUCGAGAGUGCCCGAGGGAUUUGCUCUUCAGACACCCUCGUGAAAGACAGGAUCCAAGGAUACUUUGCUUCCUUUGCCAAAGCCUAUGAGACCGUUUGUAAGAGCCAAGACAAAGAAUUCUUUGGUCUCCGUGACUACUAUAGCCUCAUCAAAAUGGUCUUUGCCAAGGCAAAGGCUUCCAAUAAGAAGCCUUCCCCGCAAGAGAUUGCACAGGCCGUCCUUCGGAACUUCAGUGGCAAAGAUGACAUCUCCCCGCUGGAAAUUUUUACAGUCAACUUGCCUGAGGCAAAGUGCUCUGCAGAAGUCAGCACCAUCCAGUUGAUCAAGCAGAACAUUUAUGGCGAUCACCAAAAUGCGCUGGGUCGAGAGCUGGAAGAUGCCGAGUGCCGCUACUUACUCGUGCUGACUAAGAACUACAUGGCCCUGCAGAUUCUCCAACAGACGUUCUUCACUGGGGACCAGCAGCCGGAGAUUAUUUUUGGUUCCAGUUUCCCCAAGGACCAAGAGUACACCCAGAUCUGCAGAAACAUCAACAGAGUGAAGAUCUGCAUGGAAACGGGCAAGAUGGCAGUCCUCCUGAAUUUGCAAAACCUCUACGAGAGCCUGUAUGACGCCCUCAACCAGUACUACGUCUACCUGGGGGGCCAGAAGUACGUGGACCUCGGCCUGGGGACCCACCGUGUCAAGUGUCGGGUCCACCCGGACUUCCGCCUGAUAGUCAUCGAAGAGAAGGAAGUUGUGUAUAGACAUUUUCCCAUCCCCCUCAUCAAUCGUCUGGAGAAGCACUAUCUGGAUAUCAACACUGUCUUGGAGAAAUGGCAGAAGAACAUCGUGGAAGAACUGAAGACGUGGGUGGAGAAAUUCGUCAAUGCGAAGGCCAAACACAAGUACAGCCCCUCUGACGUCUUCAUCGGCUACCACUCGGCCUCGUGCGCCUCGGCGGUGCUGCAGGUCACAGAGAGGCUCGGUCCCGGGGACUUGACAGACGAACUUUACCGGCAGGUGUCCGAUGAGGCCAAGCUGCUGCUGCUGGACUGUGCCACCCCCGACGCGGUGGUCCGGCUGAGCGCGUCCGCACUGGGCUUGUUUGCUGCACAGGUGCUGGCCCGGGAAUACUUUUACAAGCAGCAGCAUAAUUCCUUCGCGGAUUUCCUUCUGGCUCACGUUCACGUGACGGAUCUGGAAUGCCAUGCUGUCUUCACGGAGAUCACCACCUUCUCCAGGCUGCUAACCAGUCAUGACUGCGAACUUUUGGAAGCCGAGUUAGCGGGCUGGGCUGGGAGACCCACCGUCCUGAGCCUGCAGCAGUUUGACACGGAGUACUCGUUUCUCAGAGAAGUCCGAAACUGCUUAACUAACACAGCUGGGUGUAAAAUCCUCAUUAUUCAGACGGAUUUUGAAGAUGGUGUCCACAGUGCUCAGCUUAUCGCCUCAGCUAAGUAUUCUGCUCUAAAUGAAAUCAACACGGUGCAAGAAAAUAAGGACCGUAUCCUAGUCUAUUUCAUCACAAAACUGUCGCGGAUGGGGAGUGAAACGUCCUACGUAGGAUUCCACGGAGGACUGUGGUGGUCUGUGCACAUCGAUGACCUCCGGAGGUCCACGGUCAUGGCCUCGGACGUGACCAAACUGCAGUGCGUCUCCAUCAGCCAGCUCUUCAUGCCGGAAGACAGAGCUGAGGUCGAGAGAGGUGAGGCCGAGGCAGAAGACGACAGUGAGGAGACAGGGAUGGAAACGAACCAACCAGGGGACGUGGCGGUCGUGGAGAUGGAGACUGAAGAUUCUCAGGAGGCGGAAAAGGAAAGCUCUGAAGCGGGAAGAAGGGAUGUGCCGAUCCUGGACACCACCAGCCUCCUGAGAAGCUGCAUCCAAAGCGCCGUGGGGAUGCUCAGGGAUCAGAACGAGAGUUUUACACGCAAUAUGCAGCGAGUCACCAUUCUUCUCAGUCUCUUGAGCGAAGAUGACGAAUUCAAAGCUUCUUUCCUGCGGGUCUCCAAGACACGCCUCUAUGUUCUUCUAAAGAAGCAAGAAGAGAACUGCCUGCACAGCGUGAGGGAGUGGGUGGUGAAGGAGGCGUCGGAUCUGGAUGCGCUCCAGGAGGCGGGCACUUUCAGGCACACACUUUGGAAGCGGAUUCAGGGUGCGGUGACCCCUCUCCUGGCUAGUAUGGUGUCGUUCAUCGACCGGGACUGCAACCUCGAGCUGCUCUUCAGGCCGGAGGCUCCACCGUGGGCAAGAAAACUUUGGAUGUUUAUUUUCAGGGAUGUGAAGCUUCUCAACAUCCCUCUAGUGGCAAAUGAUGCAAGAGCUAAAGGUGAGAUGUCGUACAUUAUGGUCCAGAACGACAUGAAGCUUUCAGAGAAUGAGUCCAACGAUGUCCCUUUCAGCUGGAGAAUCAAGGACUAUCUGGAAGAGCUUUGGAUCCAGGCUCAGUACAUAAAAGAUGCAGAAGGGCUGUCGGAGAAGUUAGUGGAAAUCUUUCAGCGGACCCCGCUGGGCAAGUUUCUUGCUCAGUUCGAUGGAGCAGAGCAGCAGAUGCUCCUGCAGGGUUAUGUGAAGGACUUUCUCCUCUUGACCAUGAGCGUAUCCUCUGCAGAAGAAUUGAAGUUUCUGCAGAUGGCUCUGUGGUCCUGCAUCAGUGAAUUGAAAGCAGCGUCCAGAAGGCCGGAGGAAGGGAUUUCCUUGCCGUGGGUGCACCUGGCCUACCAGCACUUCAGGAGCCGGCUCCAGAACUUCUCCAGAAUCUUAGCUGUCCAUCCCAAAGUGCUACACUGCCUAACAGAAGUAACACAGAAGUUUGCCCCAUCUGACAGUGAGAUGAUUCUGGACGUGCUUGCAGCCAUGGUCUGUGUUGAAUUGCUGACCAGGGACACCCUGAAGCCAAGUCCCCAGGCCUGGUUGCAGGUGGUGAAGAAUCUCUCCAUGCCGCUGGAGCUCGUCUGUUCGGAUGGGCACAUGCAAGACAGAGGGGACAUCACCAGAACUCUCGUCAGGGAAGUCAGAAACCAGUGGAAUCGGGUUUUUUCCAUUGCGCUCUUUGUGGAGCAUGUCCUCCUGGGAACCGAGAGUCAGAUUCCUGAGUUACUCAAGCUGGUGACUGAACAUGUCUCCUUACUAGACAAGUGUCUGCAAGAUGACUCUGACCUCAAGACCCACCGGCCUUUUGUCGCGGUGAUGUCCACGCUCCGUAGGUGUAAGGACCAGGCCAGUAUGGCCCUUGCCAGGUUCGGGGUCCAGCCCUGCCCCAUUUGCCUGGGAGAUGCUCAGGACCCUGUCAGUUUGCCGUGUGACCAUGUCUUCUGCCAGCAGUGCCUCAAAGCCUGGCUCAUCCCGGGGCAGAUGUGGUGUCCUUUCUGUUUAACCACCUUGCCUGAAGGAUUCUCUCCUACUGUUUCCCAGAAGCAUAGGGAAGCCACAGAAAAACAUGCCCAGUUCCGUCAGAUGUGUAACAGCUUCUUCGUGGACCUGGUUUCCACCAUGUGCUUCAAAGAUAACACUCCACCCCAGAAGAAAGUGGUUGAGGAACUGCUAUCUUUACUCUUUUUCAAGAAGACGCUCUUAAGAACUGACUUCCAAAGACACCGUGAACACACAAAAUGUCUCUCUCCAUUUGAUGAUGCUGUAGAUAAGACCCCUGUAAUCCGCUCAGUGGUCCUGAAACUGCUUUUGAAGUACAGCUUCCAAGAAGUAAAAGAUUAUCUUCAAGAUUACUUGUCCCAGUUACAAAAGAAAACAUUCAUAAUUGAAGAUAAAACUGAACUCUACAUGCUCUUUAUCAACUGUCUGGAGGAUUCAAUACAUGAGAAAACGAGCGCCUGCUCCAAAACUGAUGAACUGAACUGCAUGAGAGAGGAAGGUCAUUUCCUCAGGACGUACUCCUCAUUACGACCAGACCGGCACGUGGCCAACGAGGCUUCCGUUGAGUACCUCCAAGAGGUGGCCAGGAUACGCCUGUGUCUUGACAGAGCUUCUGAUCUCCUCUUUGAACUUCUUGAAGCCUCAGACAUGGCCAAGGAAAAGCAAUGCUAUCUGCAGCAAGUGGAGCGCUUCUGUACCCAAACCAAGGACGACUGGUACCGUGUGUACUUGGUGAGGAAGCUCACCAGUCAACACGGGAUGGAAUUUGUGCAGAGCCUCUCCAAAGAGGGCCAUCCAUGCCAGUGGGUUUUUCCAAGAGAAGUCAUUGCACAGCAGAAAGACCAUCCGGGCCAGAUGGAUCGAUACCUGGUAUACGGGAAUGAAUACAAGACCAUUCGCGAUGCAGUGGGCAAAGCCGUCCUUGAGUGCAAGCCCGUGGCUAUUGUGAACGCUCUGGAGGCCUGCAGGAGCCCCAGAUCUCAACAGGAGGUUCACUUACUGUUAGCACUUUUCAGGGAGGUCACCAUUCUGUACACGUCCUCUAAUGCCAACCUCCACCCCAAGCCAGAGCAAUGUGAGGCUGUGAACAAAUUUCUCGAAGAAACCAAGGUCCUUUCUUCUCAAGAUAUCAGACGUUUUGCAACAUCCCUGGUGGGCAACACUCUGCCGUUGCUGACCGUGGGCCCUGGUGGUGGCAGGCUCGAAGGAAGGGUGAUGGAGAUGGCCGUCCAUGCUGCAGCCGUCCUUCUGUGUGGGCAAAACCAAGUCUUGGAACCCCUAAGGAAUUUAGCCUUCUUCCCGGCCAACAUGGUGAAUGCUUUUCUUCCAACAAUGCCAGAAGACUUGCUGGCUCAAGCUAGGCAUUGGCAGGGUCUGCAAGGAGUCCAAUGGUACACCUGCCCCAGAGGCCAUCCCUGUUCUGUGGGAGAGUGUGGCAGGCCGAUGGAACAAAGCCGCUGUGUGGACUGCGGUGCUCCAAUUGGAGGGAUAAAUCACAUCCCCCAGGCCGGCUUCCAGGUUGUCCAAAACCACAUGGACAGAACGCAGACCGGCCACGUGCUGGGCAGCCCUCUCGCCAGAGAAGCAACCACAGCAUCUGACCGACAGCUCUCCCCCGUGGUCUUUGUUCUGCUCCGGCUGCUCACCCACUUGGCUAUGCUUCUGGGAUCGUCCCAAAACCCCCAGGCUCUGAUAAAUAUCAUUAAGCCUGUGGUGUGGGAUCCAAGAGAAUUCCUCGAGCAGCAUCUCCAGAAGGACUUGGAGCAGUUAACAAAGAUGCUGGGGGAGAGUGUGGACGAGACCUCGAGUGUGGUGCACCUUAUCCUGUGCAGCCUUCACCGAGGACAGCAGCAGCGAAGUGACCAGGGGUUUUUAAAUUUUGAUGCAAAUUUGUCAACCAAAGAGAGGAGAAACAACUGGGAAAAAGCUGUUGAAACUAUUAUUUUAUCUGAGCUGAAGCAUCUAGAUAAAACUCUCCUGGCUGUGAAUACACUCAUCAGCCAAGACGAGCGGAUCAGCUCCAAUCCCGUGGCCAAAAUCAUAUACGGUGACCCCGGGGCCUUCCUGCACCACCUGCCGCAGACUAGUGUGGUCCACUGCUCUAAGAUUUGGAGCUGCAGGAAGAGGAUCACGGUCGAGUUCCUCCAGCACGUGGUAGAGCAGAAAAAUGGCAAAGAAACAGUGCCAGUCCUCUGGCACUUCCUCCAGAAGGAAGCAGAACUCAGACUGGUGAAAUUCUUGCCUGAGAUCUUGGCCCUGCAAAGGAAUCUGGUGAAACGAUUCCAGAAUGUUUCGGAAUAUGAGUACAGCUCCAUCAGAGGUUUUAUCAGCAGUCACAAAUCAGAUGGAGUGAAGCAGUUGUUUUACGACAGAAUCAUGCACUUUCUUAACACGUGGAACAAGCUGAGGAGAUCACUUGAGACCAAUGGUGAAAUCAAGCUGCCUAAAGAAUACUGCAGCACGGACUUGGACCUGGACACUGAUUUUGAGGUCAUCCUGCCUCGCCGACGGGGCCUGGGCCUCUGUUCCACCGCCCUGGUCAGCUACUUGAUGAAGCUUCACAAUGAAAUUCUCUACACAGUGGAAAAGUUCACCAGUGAAAGCAGCAGCUACUCCGUCGAUGCCUCGGAGAUCACCGACCUGCAUGUCAUCAGCUACGACGUGGAGCGGGACUUGACCCCGCUGAUCCUCUCCAACUGUCAGUAUAGAGUGGAGCCAGGCGGGGAGACCUUGCAGGAGUUUGACCUGGAGAAGAUCCAGCGACAGAUCACCAGCCGGUUCCUCCAGGGCAAACCCCGGGUCACCCUCAAGGGAAUACCCACUCUGGUAUACAGACAUGACUGGAACUAUGAACGCCUCUUUAUGGAAAUCAAGAACAAAAUGUCACAGAGCUCUCUCCCCAACUCGGCCAUCGGUGCCAUCAGCGGGCAGCUGCAGUCCUACAGUGAUGCCUGCGAGGCCCUGUCUGUCAUCGAGGUGGCUCUGGGGUUCCUGAGCACUGCAGGUGGCGACCCGAACAUGCACCUGAAUGUGUACAUCCAGGAUAUUCUGCAAAUGGUGGACCAGACCUCACCUGUGUCCAAGGCCUUGAACAGGUGUCAGCUGAAGCACGUCAUCGCCCUGUGGCAGCUCCUCUCUGCGCACAAGUCUGAGCAGCUGCUGCGGCUGAGAAAGGAUCCGUUUGGGGACAUCAGUCCAAAAUAUAAAAAGGAUCUCAGCCCCGAAAAUGCUAAACUCCUCAGUAGUUUCCUGAAUCAAACCAGCCUCGAUGCUUUCUUGCUGGAGCUUCAUGAAAUGAUGGUCUUGAAACUAAAGCCCUCCCAAAACGAGGAGAUUUUCAACCCUCAGUGGAGCCUGAGGGACACUCUGGUGAGUUACAUGGAAACCAAAGACAGUGAAGUUCCUCCGGAAAUGGAAUCCCAGUUCCCAGAGGAGAUCCUGCUCUCCACGUGUGCCUCUGUGUGGAAAGUGGCCGCUGAGCUCAAACACGAUCGGCAGAUGAGGUAGAAAAGCUUCCUCAGCCGGGGUCUGGAUGAGGCCCGGGGAGAGAGGGCUCUUCCCCCUCACCUACAGCCCAGACAACGUCGCGGACAGUUUGUUGAUUUUGUCAGAGCUCAGAAGGAAAGCUGUUGGCCCAGCACUAAAUUCAAGAUGUUCUGUACGAGCUAACUGCUUGUUGCAAGUCAGGCUGUUUUGGGAAAUUGUAUAUUCCCAAACUUACUCAUCCUAAGAGUGCUAUUCAUUGGGAGGUGAGAACUGAAGAUUACAUGAAAUUGGAAACAAACCACCAUCCUUUAUGUUCCAAAGGAGACAAAAACAGUAGCUUCUCAGGUUAACAUAUAAUAAUGUCAUGUGUCUUAGUGUCCUCUAAUCUCCUAACUCAAACCCACCCAGCCACUGGGUUCCCUCUUCCCCAGACUACUAAAUAGUUAGAGGAGGAAAUAAACAGAAUUAUUCGCUUUUUUUUUUCCUCCGCAUUUUUUCUGCACUCACAGAAUAGGAUCUGGCUUUCUUCUCUCCCCUUAACUUCGAGUAUUGUACAGAUGUGUCAAGGUUUUCAAGAAGAUGUGAAAAAGUGCUGGACUCGCUUUUGUCUUCUUACAAACACAGGAAAAGUCAGGGUGUUUCAUGAGUGCCUUCAACCAAGCCAACAAAAUCAGACCCCAGCCCCCACAAAGAGCCCGAUUCCAAAACAGCCAAAGAACUUUUACUGUAGAGAGCAAGGGACGAGGAGUCAGGACACUGUAGAUGAGGCUGGAUCAAUGGCCAAAGUCCCUUCCAAUUCUGCUAUUUUUAAGUUCUAAAUGAAAGCAUACUGAUGCAAGUUACUGUGGGGUUCUGGCAGUUCUGAGGGGAAUCUUUGAUUGUCUCACAGUCAGCCGAAUAAACCUGCGGUCUUUGUUUUUCUUCGUGGGCUCUAGAUGUCCUUUUGGGGUCUCAGCCAAGGCAUAAAAACUGAGGCUCAGGGAGAGUACAAAACUAGUUUAGUUCUGCAAAGCCCUGAUCUUGAGCUGCUUUCCUCAUCUUUUAAGUGCCGUUUCUUUCUUUUUUUUUUUCCCAAAGUCUCUAAUUUGCUACUUAUGACAUCUGUGGACUAACUCCUAUACCUAGUAGCUCAGCGUCCAUCUGCACAGAGUAAGACAGGAACUGUUUACAAGUUAGGGGCAAAUAUCCUUCAUAUACAUUCUAAAUGAGUUAAUGACUCAAUCAACUUGAAAUUGGGACCCAUUGAGUGAGACCCACAGAACUGCAAAAUGCUCAUAGAAAGCCUGCUGGAGGGAGUUGAGAAAGAACUGCACUCUUGUUGGCAUUAUUUUUAUAUUCUCUACCUGAGAUUUGAUGAAGGCUGAGUGCAGUGGUGCAGACCCAACUUGUAAUUUCAUCUGACCCAGUUGCCACCUGCAUAGAGUAAUCUAUGAUUAUUUAUCAUUCUAGACCAUCCAAAGGCCAUUCCCCUACAGAUCCCUGCACCCUGGAUGGGGGAGGCUGGGGGCCGUGUUGCUUGUUUAACUCUUCUUCUUGCACUUGGAACUCCCCCGACACCUCAGGAUCGGGCUAAAGCUGGCCCUGGCCCACGGGCAGCUGCCCACACCUGGCAGCUUCAUCCCCUGGGCUGGGGCUGCUUCUCGCCCUGCCACACCUCAACAGGUGGGAGUCAGGCGUUACCUUUUGCUGUGAGGACCUUUUGGGGGGUUGAGAAUUGUUUUUUUCCAAUUUUAUGAAGGGUUUUUAAAUUAAGGUAUGUUGUUUUGAAUGCUUUCAUAGCCUUAACUGCCACAUCUAAUUUUAUCUUGUUUUUUGUACAAAAAUACACUGAACUAGCACAUAGCAAAAGUCAAUUUUUCUUUAUAACUGUAUAUCUGUUUUAAUAAACCUGAGUUUUGCUGCUAAAGACUCCUUCUCCUUGGGGGCAGAGCUGGUAAUUAUGGCAACGGGGCCCAGC